AUGCAGCACCCGGUCGAGAUGGCCUUCUACUUCCCACGCUUCCACCCCGACACCCACGUCAACCCUGCAGGUAUACCGGAGCUGAUCGACGCCGUUGGGCUGAUGACGCGGCAUUCACGGCCAUCUCGUGCGGAGAGCACUGCAUCUGCCUCCACUUCAACCGCGGAGAGCGCGAUGUCGCGUGCGCUACCGCCGACUCGGUGGACGACGACAGUCUCAGCGACCGCGCAGCCCACAACGGAUGCCUCCGUGGCCGAGGCGCAGAAGGACAACGCGAAGAGUCUCUUGCUGCUGGAGCGCGGCAUUGACAUCCUCACCAGCGUCGGCGGGGUGCGCAGCCCCGCGGUGGCGAACCUUCUCCGCCCCCUCUACGCCGCCCGCUUCGAGAUGCUCAACGGCAGUGAGCACCUGCCCCGCUCUGAGUAUGCGAAGCGCAUGCACGUGCACAAGGCCAUCCUCCAGCAAGCCGCUCCACUGCUCUACUACGACACCUGGGACAAGUCUGACGUGCACCAACUCGACACGUCCUGUGUUUUGGUCGCCCACUUCAUGAAGGCGUUCUGCGCGCUGCAUCCGCGCCCCUUCCACCCCGUACCCGCUCCCCCUACCAGCGGUGGCGCCAGCUCUUCCCAAACCUCGACGACGACGACGGCCAGCAGCAGCACUGUCACAUCAUCACCACCCAAAGAUGCAUUCAACCCGGCCGAAUGGAAGAUGGCUGUCGGUGACGACGGAAAGGGUGCGCACCUGACCCUGUCCAUUGUCCAAGACCGCGUGGAAGAGCUGCUGCGCCUCGCCACCGCAGCGUACGGCAAGCACGGCAGCACGCACCCGGAGCUGCGCUGGCUGCGGCCGAAGCUUCUGGUUUUGAAGGGGUUGCUCACCAUUCCGCUCACGGGGCACCUCCUCCACGCACAGCGGUGCAUCGAAGAGGCGGCCAACUACGUCGACGCUAUGACAAAGCGCAAGAAUCUGCUGCUCGACGGACUGAAGGCACGCACGCAUGAGCCGGAGCUCGGGCUCUACAUGCUGCUGCAGGCGGAGAUCGCCGCCCGCGUCUUUGGCUGGGAUAUGGCGCCUGGCCAGGUCGAUGGGGAUGUGGUGAACAUGUUCACCGACGCUGCGGGCUACUACGCCGACCCGCCCAACACAACACUAGACGGAGACGCCAUCAUGUCGGAGCGCAAGCUCGCGGAGCAGCGCUUCGAGGCGGAGGCGUACACGUGCUGCCUGCGCAGCUACGCAGCCUUCUUGCUCGGCGCCCCGCGACCCAAGGCGACGACCACGCGCGACUCACCGGUGUUUCUCUCGAAGCAGCUGUUCUCGUUGAACCCGCUGCUCACCGUGGCGACACCGUCCUCGCUCAUCUUCAGUGAUGUGCGGAACGUGUCGGAGUUGCCGCUGGACAUGUGCCGUCGCCGCACCGGUGAGGCCCUCGAUCGAGCCCUCAAACUCAACCGCAUGCUUUACCCCGACUUCCGCAAGAACGCACCGGCAGCGGCGACGCUCAUGACAAUGGCAUGCAUGUACGCGGACACCCGCGACUACCUGUACGCCACAGGGCUCUUCGAGUCGGCAAACAAGGCCGUGACGUGCAACUUCGGCGACACCUCGCUCGAGCACGUCUUCCUGCAGAAGUUACGCUAUGAGUUUCUCGCGGGUGUGGGGUCGGAGCAGGAGGCGAAGACCGCAUCGCACGAGGUGGUGCACCUGCUGAAGCGCCUGGACGCGCUGCCAUGCUGA